GAGUUCGUCAUCAAUGCUUGGUCUUGCUGUUGGUGGGUUUUCUUCGGUCUCAACUAACGGGCGUACGGGGCUUGUAACAUUCUGUAUUCUGCUGCUGGCAUGGGUUGUUGGAUUUAUUAUACGUCUUUUCUCAGUUAUACGUUUUGAAAGUGUCAUUCAUGAGUUUGAUCCUUGGUUUAAUUACCGAGCCACCAAGCAGAUGGUCGAAAAUAGUUUCGAGAACUUUUACAAUUGGUUUGACAGCACUGCGUGGUACCCGCUUGGGAGGAUUGUUGGAGGCACUGUCUAUCCUGGUUUAAUGGUUACUUCAGGUUUUAUUCACUACAUGUGUCACCUUUUGAGUUUUCCGGUUCACAUUCGUGAAGUUUGUGUUUUCCUCGCCCCUGUAUUCAGUGGCAUGACUGCUAUUGCGACUUAUUUUUUCACGAAGGAAAUAUGGAAUGAAGGAGCGGGUUUGUUUGCUGCUUGCUUCAUCGCCAUCGGUAAUCGAUGUUUUAUAUAAUUAUUCCACUUUUUAUUAGCUCCCGGAUAUAUAAGUCGUUCAACCGCCGGCAGUUAUGAUAAUGAGGGAAUCGCAAUUUUCGCACUAAUGUUUACGUACUACUUGUGGAUUAAAGCUGUCAAAACAGGAAAAGUUCUUUGGGCCGCGUUUUGUGCUAUUGCAUAUUUUUACAUGGUAUCUGCUUGGGGUGGUUAUGUGUUCAUUAUAAACCUCAUUCCAUUGCACAUUUUUGUACUUCUAAUCAUGCAGAGAUAUAGCGCGAAACUAUACGUGGCUUACACAACCUUCUUCAUCUUGGGUUUAAUAAUGUCGAUGCAAAUACCAUUUGUUGGUUUUCAACCACUACGCACUAGUGAACAUAUGGCAUCAAUAGGAGUGUUCGCACUUCUUCAAGUUGUUGCUUUUUUCAAAUAUCUACAAACCCGUGUUCCCUCUGAUACGCUGAAGCAAUUAUUUACAUUUGGUGCCAUUUUUUCUGCUGGAGUUAUAUUUGUUGUUGUAGUUGGGCUAACAUAUGCUGGCGUUAUUGCACCAUGGAGUGGCAGGUUUUAUUCUCUUUGGGAUACUGGUUAUGCUAAGAUACAUAUUCCAAUUAUAACAUCCGUUUCUGAGCAUCAACCAACUUCAUGGGCAUCUUUCUUUUUUGAUCUUCAUGUAUUAAUUGCUACAUUUCCAGCUGGUGUUAGACUUUGCUUUAACAAUUUAAAUGAUGAACGUGUUUUUGUUAUUCUCUAUGCAAUAUUUGCAUCAUAUUUUGCUGGUGUUAUGGUUCGUCUUAUGCUUACAUUAACACCAAUUGUAUGUGUGUUUUCUGCUAUUGCAUUUUCACGUGUCUUUGAAUUAUUCUUAAAUGAACAAGAUAAUGAAAUUAAUGUUGCGACAAAUCAGUCUAAUAAUGAACAGAAUUCUGUUGAUAAACGUUUGUAUGAUAAACCGAACAAGGCAAAUAAAAAGGUGAACUAUCCUAGUCAAGACACGCCAACAAGUACCACCAUUGGUAGUCAGUCAAAGCAACAAUCAUCAGGAAACAAUGGGAGUAAUAUGCGUGCAGUCGCCUACGUUUUGAUUAUAUUCAUUCUAUAUCUGUUUGUUUCACAUUGUGUUUGGGUGUCAUCCAAUGCUUAUUCAAGCCCGUCUAUUGUGUUGGCUUCAUAUGGUAAAGAUGGAUCUCGAUAUAUCCUGGAUGAUUUCCGUGAGGCUUAUUUCUGGUUAUGGCAAAAUACAAAAGAAAAUGCUCGAGUUAUGUCAUGGUGGGAUUAUGGAUAUCAAAUAGCAGGAAUGGGUAACCGCACUACUCUAGUUGAUAAUAACACAUGGAAUAAUAGUCAUAUCGCAUUAGUUGGUAAAGCUAUGGCAUCAAAUGAAUCAGAAGCCUAUAAAACUAUUCAAAGUUUAGAUGUGGAUUACGUGCUGGUCAUAUUCGGUGGUUACAUUGGUUACAGUGGUGAUGAUAUUAAUAAAUUCUUAUGGAUGGUGCGUAUUGGUGGCGGUGAACAUCCUAAUGAAAUUCGUGAAAGAGACUUUCUAACUUCAACAGGUGAUUAUCGUAUAGAUAAAAGUGCUUCUGAGACGAUGCUUAAUUGUUUAAUGUAUAAAUUAAGCUAUUAUCGGUUUGGUGAAGUUCGUUUAGAUAUGCGAACACCACUUGGAUUUGAUCGUACUAGAGGAUCUGAAAUUGGUCGUAAAAAUUUUGAAUUAGAUUACUUAGAGGAAGCUUUUACAUCGAAACAUUGGCUUGUAAGAAUUUAUCGUGUACUACCUCCUGAAAAUCUACCACAUCUAUCGCGUACACGUCGUCGGAUUCACCAUCGAGCUUCAGGGAAAUCUCGUCUGAAUAACCGUGGCCGACUCAAUACACCUAGUAAAGGUUCAUCCAAACAUUUCACUUAACAUAUUUCCUGGUAUGUUUUAUUAUUUACAUUUAUUAAGUAUCGCGAAUUCGACGAUUCUCUAGUUAAAUGGCUAUCGAUUAUUAGGGAACUGAAAAGUGAUUAUUUUUAAAAUCACAAUCUUGAUUGAGACUAAAUCAUUUAUUGUAUUCAGUUACUGUCAUUUGACUAGUUAACAUCUUUUAAUGCAACAUAGUUUACUGAUUAAGUUUCCAAUGUAAAGCUUUAUAGUGAAACGUAUAGAAUGAAUCCCAUUAAUAGAUAUAUUGCUCUUUCCAAUAAAUACACAAACUGAGCUACCAAUCAUUAUGCACUUAAGCAUUAACUACCUUAAAGUUAGUCAGAUAUAAGUGUCCUGGUUUUUUUCCACUCAUUAAUGAAGAAAGUUUAAAUAUCUUUACUUUGUCUAAUUAAUGCACAAACUGAGAUCAUGAAAAUUAUAUGUUACGAAAUUUAGAACAUCAAUAGUUGAGAUCAUGAGUCGAUUGAAGCUAGACACCUAUGGAAAACCUGGAAGCACUGGACGGCCGAUUCGUCAUAGUAUGGAGCUCCUCAGCAGUACGCAUCCACGAUCUCGCCUCGCGAGACUCAAACCCAGGACUUAUUAGUUUCGCGCGCGAGCGCUUAACCUCUAAACCACUGAACUUGCCGGCAUCGAAUGUUGUUAAUGUCUAAUUUCAACUAAUCCACGAAAUUGAUCGACGGAUCUACCAUUUUCUUCAGUGAGUUACUAUCUCACAACAGACUCGGUUGAACUCCACUGGCGGUGGGAUCAUGGAUGCGCACUGCUGAGGAGUUCCACAAUAGGUUUUCCGUGGUGGUCCAGGUUCAAUCGACUCAUAAUCUCAACUAUUGAAAUUACUAUAAUAUGCACAAAAGCCCCUUCUGAUAUUAAAUUUCGAAUAAUUGAUAUACUACCCAACUACUGAGACGGUAGUAGUUGAAUCAAGGUUAUAAAUUGGAACAUUACUGGUUCAGAAUCAAAUUAAUCAACGGUUAUACUAAGCAUUCAAUAAAUUCUUACUAUUGAGAACAUAUACUUUUUUUAAUCGUAGUAUGCAUGAAACUCACGCAAGCUAUAGAAGUGAUUACUUCAAUAUGCUACUCAUAUUACAUAAUAGUUUCAUCUCGUAACUAUACCAUCAGCUCUCAUUCAUAUUUAAAUAAGAUCACUAUCGAAUAUGAGGAAAAAUAUGAAAACAAUGACCUAACUUAUAAACUAAGCUCAGUAGAAACAACAAAGUGAAAUGAUUGUCCACAUAACCUGUAUACAUUUGCAUAUACUAUACUAUAUACUACAUAAAAUUAACUUUUAAUUGUUCAAUCGAUUUCUUGUUCUCUUACAGGUUAUACUACAUCUAAUUAAUUUUGUUCAAUAUUCAUUCUCCAUAUUUUGUUUUCAUUUGUGUAUAAAAACCAUGUUUGUUUUGGAUAAGAAUUUAUAAAGAAACUAUCGAGUGGUAUAUCAUUAUGCAUGUAUCGUGUAAAAAAAAGCGUCAAAAAAUGACCUGUGUUUAAUACCGAUGCAUAAACUGUGAUCUUGUUUGAUUUUGUUUGAUCGGAUUCUUCUUCCAGUCUGUUCCUUUGAGGUUUCUUCUUGAUUCUCUUGUUUCCUGUUAAUCUAUUGUAUUUUGAUGUAACUAUUAGCUUCGUCGAAUUCUUCGACAUCGCUUUCAAAUAAAUUUGUUUUGAUAUCAC